AUUCCCCCCCCUCCAGCCUUGCUUUAGUUUAGAGGGGGAAAAAACAAAAAAAAAGCCGAAGCGAGGCAGAAGCGGUGCAAGCGGCGUCAUGCCGGCCUAGUCCUCUUAGAAGCCCCGCCCUGUUUUCCCGCGCCUGCGCCAUUCGGAGUGGGUCUUUGAGGCCGCUCGCCUAGUGGGCCCGGUGGCGAGAGUGGCUGAAAUAAUGGAAGAAGACGAGGACUCUGUGCGCUCGGCGGAUCCAAAAUGCGCCACUCCGGAAUCGGCGGUCCAGAGCGUAGAAAAAAAUACGGAAAACCCUUCAGAAACUUCCAACAUGUAUAGGUACAUUAAAGAGGACUUGUUCACUUCGGAAAUCUACAAGGUGGAACUUCAGAACCUGCCCAGGUACAUCGGCUUUAACGAAGUCAAGAAAUUCCUCGCCAAAUACGGACUUCACCCGCAUAAGAUCAAACUGAUGGGGAAACAGACCUUCGCCUUCGUCACCUUCAAGAGCGAGGAAGAACGGGACAAAGCCAUGAAAGUCCUCCAUGGGGCCCGGUGGAAGAACCGGAACCUGAGCGUCCGCUUGGCCAAGCCCAAAGCGGAUCCCAUUUUGAAGAAGAGGAAGAGAGAGGAAGGCGCCGAAGAAGCGUCAGCCAAGCGCCCGGCUUCGUCCAACAACGGCGAGGAGGAGCCUCUGAGCAAGCAGAUAGCGGAUGUGGUGACUCCUUUGUGGGCGAUGCCCUACGAAGACCAGCUAGUGACGAAGAAGAAGCAGUGUGAAGAAGUGUUGGGGAAACUGACCAGGGACAUGGGAAACAACAACCGAGCACUACUCCCGUGGCUGUUCCUGCAAAAGGAGAAGCACGAUGGGCUUUGUUGCUCCUUGGACGGAGUGAAGCCAUCCCCAUUACAGAUCAACCUCUUACAGCGUUUAUAGCCCAGAAACCUACGAAGGACACUGGAAGCAGCUAACAGUUCGUACUAGCUCGAAUGGCCACGUCAUGGCAAUUGCCUAUUUUAAUCCGCAGAAAUUAAGCAAAGAAGAACUUGCUACGCUGCAAACUUCGAUGGCUACUUACUUCACAGACGGCCCUGGAAAAGACAGCGGAAUAACAUCUUUAUAUUUUGUAGAAGAAGGUCAGAG